CCUGACCAUCCUUUGCCACCAUGCGCCUCCUCGAUAUGAGCGAGGCAACCGGACAUCGUGGAUGCAGUCCAUCUUUCCUGCACUGAAGGGGCGGCUUCAGCAAGUACAAACGCUGACUGUGGUGGACUUCUCGGGCUCGAGAUGCGAUGAGGCCACCAUGACUCACCUGCUGGAGAACUAUCGCACCGCGUCUUGCCUGUGCUUGGAGGAGUGCGAGUUCGUAUCCCACUAUCAGCUGGACCGCCUUGUCUCCUCGUUUCCUAAUGUGCGAGACCUACGCAUGGAGGGCGUCUUCAAAUAUCGUCGUGCCUCCGCGAAUCUACGAGCACCAUACACGUCCGCCAGGCGUCUUGAGUAUCAUAGCCUCGUUCUGGAUCAUACGCACUUCCAGAUAGCGUGGGCAUGUUCUCGGAUCGAAUUCAGCGUGUUGCGGCGGUUGUCCAUUCGACUGUCGAUAGGCCCGGGUCAACUUCCAGACCAAAGCUGGGUGCGGUUGACGAGCGCGAUGAUGGGCCUGGAAGAAAUUGAGCUCGAUUUCACAAUGUGUGGAGCCGACGCUGAUAUCGAAUCAUGGGUUGCUUCUAUCAACCCGGAAUCCCUGACCCAUCUUCGUUCAUUAGUCUUGCGCAUCCACGGCCCCCAUUCAUUUGCGCCCCUUGCGCUCAGACAACUCUUAGAUGGCGACCCACUCCCAUUCAAAUCUGGCUCUCCGCCAUGCCUCAUCUGCUUCGUGGACGACGACGCGGAUAUACACGCCUCGUUGACGAUAAUGGAUCUCUACAUCGCAGGUCGAGACCGUCGCAUCUUCAGCUCUGUGGGCAUUGGAUCCAACAGAUCGCCAUCUUCCCGCAUAGUACAUCCUAGCGGGAGUCAAGCGUACAAGACGUUGAAUUUGCUUGCGCCUUGA